CGUCCUGCAAAUAACGAGGGGCAAAUUUCGUCCUGCAGAUAAAGUACUUGCUACUUGGAGGAGGGAGGAACCUGUUCACCUGUCUGCUCAACAAACGGUUCAUACCCUCUUGUCUUGAACCUUUGAACCGCUGUCCUUUACUUUGCUUGUCUGUAUUAGCAUGCUGAAGUUAAUCUAGCGGGUUCUGCAGUGCUGUACAGAAGACAGCUCUGAAAGUAAUCAGGGCUAACCUGCUGGUGGUGCUGGAUGUUGCAAACCCCAAAAUGAAUUUAUCUUUUUAUUUAAGAACGCUGUUGAGAUCAUAACAGCCUCAGGAAUCACUGCCUACCUGUCAUUUUUAGAUAAUUGCUGAAAAUGAACCAGCAAAGCAAUAUCAUUACAGUCGCCUUGGGAGCGUGUGCUGUGCUUGGUGCAGCAGGAGUUGUCCUUUGGAAUUAUUUUUAUGAGUCGCGACGAAGAGUUAUGUUACAGCAAGAAAUUUCUCGCCUUGAUUUAACUGUCAACCAACUACGAGCAGAGCUUGAAGCUGCAAGGAUUCGGAAAGCCCACUCAAGUAGAAGAAGCUCUCCAACUCGGUCUUUACGCAGCUGUAGGACAGUGAGUAAUUAUGAUUCCGAAGAAGAUGAGUUUUUCGAUCUGUCAUCUGGUGGGGAAGAUGAAUUUGACAAAGAUGCUUUAAGUCCUGUGCUAGAUGAAGCUUUGAAGGCUUUGCUUGAAGAUGUGGAUGUUCUUCUAAAGACAGGAACAUCAGAAACUCGAAGAGAAGCUUAUUCUAAACUGACUUCCUAUCUCUCCAAGCAUGAACCAAUUGCUGCUAUUUUGUGGCGUCUAGCAAAAUGCUGCCAUGGUCUAGGAUCUGCAUGUGCAGCAAUGGGGCAUUUAGAACAAAAAAAAGAGUUCAUUCUUGAAGGUCUGGAUUAUGCCAAACGUGCCUUAGAUCUUGAUAGCAAUGAGGCAGAGGCACACAAAUGGUAUGCAGUCUUGACUGGAGCAUAUGGUGACUAUCUGGGGAUGAAAGACAAAAUUGAGGGUGGUUAUGUAUUUAAAACCCAUGUUGAAAAAGCCAUUACCCUGAGGCCAGAUGAUGCUUCCCUGCGGCAUCUUGUCGGCCGUUUUAAGCAUGAGGUCGCAAAUUUAUCUUGGAUAGAGAGGAAAGUAGCAGGCACCUUGUUUGCUGAAGUUCCCGCUGCAACUCUGCCAGAAGCAAUUGAAGAUUUCAAAGCCGCACACAAAUUAAACCCCACUCCAUGGAAGGAAAAUUCUCUUUACCUUGCGAAGUGUUACAUUGCCAUGGGAAAAUAUGCUGAUGCAGUUCAUUGGUUGGAUGAUGCUGCCUCCAUUCCUGUUACCAGUUGUGAGGAUGAAUUGGUUGAGUUGGAGGUGCAAAACCUUUUAUCAAAUUACAGCGGAUACAGAAAGAAAACGAGCUAAAGACUUCUUUUUAUUUCAUUUUAAAAAUUAGAGUUACGUAGAAUGUUGACGGGUAGUUUAAAUUUUCUUUGCCCAUGUAUUUUUUUGUAAGCUGUGUAUGUAGUUAAGUUAUGUAAGAAAUAAGUGAUGAAAUCUUCACACUUCAGUCAGGAACAUGUCAUUCCCAAAUUAUUCCUCAAAGAUCUUUGACGAUUCAUGAUGCAUCUUAAAUGUUAUCCUAAGGUUAUUUUUUUGUCGAGGUCCUACCUUGUGUGUGUUAAAUACAUGUAAAACCUGUUCUUACUGUAAAAGCUCUUAUCUGUGACGAACUCUGAACUCAAGAUCAUCUUUGCUUUGCACAAAUACUUGUCUUUGUUGUUGUGGUCUUUAAUUAUUUGACUACAGUAAGCAGAAUAUGAACUGAAUGUCAGUUCUUCUUGGCUACUUAAUUUUUUGUGACUUAUAUUCUACUGCCUGUUUCAUUCCACUGUCCACUAUGAUAAGAAUGAAGUUAGUUGAUUGAAUAAUGGUCUGCUGAACCUUUUGUUCCUGGUAAUUCAGUUAACUCCUUAAUCUAAAGCUAGUUGAAGAAGCUCUUUUCCUUUUUUGUUGUAAUCUAUUGGGAGAGGCCAUGCAUUUUGUUUGUGUCACAGUCAUACUACAUGAUAUGUACAAAACAUUACAUUCAUCACUGUUGGAGUAAACAUACAAAACUAUAAAAUUUAUGAUGCUCACAUUAUGUCUAGUCUAUUGCUCUCAUGUACUGGUGUGUGUCUUUUUUUAAUGUUAUUAAGUCUAAUCUUAGGCUGUGUGUCACAUGAAAUGUCCUCCUCCUUUAUUUUGAUGUACACUCAGCUCAACUGACCUUGUCUGUCCUGAACUGGCUCUCACUCUCAUAGUCAUAAUUGCCUUGUUUUAGAUUCCCUAAUCCUUCCCGGCUUUUAAGCCAAUAUCUUAUUGAUAAGUUGAAAUUGCAGGACAAUGUGUAGUUUUUCUAAAUGACAAAGUUCUAUUGAAGGGCUGUGGUGAUGUAAUAGUUUAUAAUUAUGUUUUACUUUAGUCCCUAGGAAUUGACUAUGCAGUUCUUAUCCAAAUAAUAAGUUUGUGCUCUUACAAUUGCACACAAUAUUUGUGGAAAUAGGAAUUAACUGUUAUUUAUUGUUGUUGUCUUCAUAUAGAGUCUAAGUUAUUAGAAGUUAGUGGUGUGUGGACCUUAUGAUUAGGUAUUUCAUCUUCCAUUUAAAAAAAAAUAAAAAAAAAAAUGGGAAGGUGGUGUGGUGAAUGUGGGUUGAAGUCAUAAGAAAUGUGAAUGUAGGUUCUUCCGCUUUGAAAUAUCAUGAUAAUGUCCAAAGAAAGUUUAAUUUGCUAUUUGUUUCCAUGUUUCCGAUAUGAGUGACUGCUUUCUUUCCUUGUUGUGUUUUGCUAUGAGUUUAAACAACUUGGAAAGCGAGCGGCUGGUGCCUUCACAUUGGUGAAAAAUACAUUUGUUUGGUUUUUUUUUAAGAAA